CUUGGCCUCAUACGGGUCACCAACCGCUGUGAGAAGCAGAGGGCAACCGCUGUCACCGCCUGUGGAGCGCUCAACGGCGAGAGAGGCGAAUUUGGAGAUUUCCCAAGACCAACUAAAGUACCAUGAAGUCGACGUGUCUACUCAUCUUGGCUUCUCUCACGGUCUGUAACUUGGCACUGUCUGGAGGACAGGAUGAUGCGGGGGACGGGAGGACCAUAGACGACAUCAUCCUGCAGAGAGCAGAGAGUCUCCUGUUAGGGUCCAUUCUCAAAAAGAUAAAGGAUGGAGACGGCAGAACUGAUGGAUUUUCAUUCCAACCAGAGUGGGUAACAAAGCGACAGCAUCCCGGCAAGAGAUACAACGAGGACUUGGAGAAGCGGCAGCAUCCAGGACGGAGAGAAGAAGACGAGGAUGAAGACUACGUGGAUGUUGAAAAGAGACAACACCCGGGCAAACGCGAAGACGAAAUGGAUUCGUUCCUGGAGCUCCAGAAAAGGCAGCACCCGGGAAAGCGCUCGAUGAUGGGACAAACUUCUGAAAACCCCAUCGUGCUCCUCGGUGAACUUUCAAAACGACAGCAUCCAGGCAAACGCUACCUGUUGAUACAGAGCAAACGCCAGCACCCAGGUAAACGCCACCCGGGGGCAGAGGAUGGGGGCGCCUACGGGGAUCCGGAUGCAGAUGGUGACCUCCGAGAGUUGGAAAAGCGUCAGCAUCCCGGGAAACGCUUUUGGGAUAACUCGAAUCCGGAUUUAGGCACAAACAGUCCAUGUGAUGUAUUGGACCCUACGAGCUGCAGCAAGUCCAGCCUGCUGCUCGACUUUUUAGACAACAUGACCAAGAGUCACGCGGAGGAGAAGAGACAACACCCGGGUAAAAGGUCGGCGCCUGAGGAGGAUCUGGUGGAAGCAGAGUAGGAUAAUAAUGAUUAAAAAACCGUCAUGUGUGCGUAUGUACUGCUGUAAUGUAACGAAAUAAAUCAGUAAAUUACUUGCCCAUGAUGAAUUAUUUUAAGGAGUUAAUCAAUUGACAUGACUACACCUUUUGUGCUACAGUAAUUUUAGUUGGCAGAGACUUUUCGAUCGUAUCGCAAAACAUUUAUCUGCUGUUUGUUUCCUUGGAGAGCUUGUGCGUAAUUGUGCACUAAACCUGAAAACAGAGACGCACAUGUGACUCAGUGUCACUGGAAUCCCAUUCAUAAGAGGGUGUCGCCUAUGUUGUAUGUUGAAUUUAUAUUGUUAUCCAUGUUCAUUUAGUGAGAUAAUGCUGGCAUCUCAGACCAAGGAUGAAAGCAUUUGGCGAUGUAGCCUCCGUGAGGCUACAGACGCUUCCAGUCUGAGCAUUUACUGAUAUGCUUAGGCUGGAAAAAAGAGAUCGAACUUAUAGCCACAAAUUUAAGUUAUUAUGUUCAUAGUGUUAGAAAUAAAACCCAUAGUCUGGCUAUAUUUAUUGAUUAAUUUGUUUAUUGUUUUCUACUUAUGUAAAAUAUAAUUAUUACCACAGCAUAUUAAAAGUGUCAUUGAUUAUUUUUCUACAUUAAUUUUUGCAUGGAUUUAAAGUUUAUUUGACCUGUUGUAAACUGUAUGUUACCUCUGCCUUAAUCAUAUCACUAAUGAUUUUGUUGUAGCCUACAAUAAAAUGCACUCGUAAAGA